AAGGCCAGCUGAGUACAGGGAAUGCAAGAAGCCAAGGAAGCCAAGUGACAGAUGACUUGUGUCUUUUGAGGAGGAGCAUCCUGGCCUACCAUGGAUUCUGUCACUGCCGAGGCUGAUGGCUGUAAAGGCUUCAAGAAUUGGAUUUUUGUGCCCACUGAGAACAUGCAGUGCAACCUUUCUGCAAGCUCACAGGAAAUUCCAGGACAAAAAAAGUAAUCUCUCUCAAAACUCUUGUUUUAGCACCUCUAAUCACUAUUCAAGAUAAAACAUGGGGUGUUCAUGGCAGAAAUAUGUCCCUCGAUGACAGUGAUGUUGGCUGAUGAAGACAGCCUGCAUAGUCCUCCACUGACCCAUGGUGUCAUGACAAACAAGAAUCAUCAAUGGAUCUGCAACAAGCCAAACAAUUACAAGGCUGAUCGCCAUUUUUAGGGGAAAUGGAUCCGAUCAAAUAAGGAUUGUCUACUACGGGGUUUCUUGAACUACACUGAGGAUUCAUCUGGUUUAGUUCUAGCUCCAAUGCUGUUUAGGUUAAUGCGGUCUUGUGCUGAAGAGGGGUUCCGUUGGCAUUGGGUUAGAUUCUUGGGGGAAUCCUAAAGUUGAAUCGAGGAGCCCUUGGCUGACAAGAUUUCCGAAAGAAGUUUUGCUAUUUUGUCGCAUUUCUUGACACAAGUUUGUAUAUUUUGCUUGGAGGACGAAAAUGGGGGUUAUGUCGAGGCGGGUGCUGCCGGCAUGCGGCUACCUCUGUUGCUUCUGCCCUUCUUUGCGGACACGUUCGCGGCAACCCGUUAAACGCUACAAGAAGCUCCUCACGGAUGCCUUUCCUCGCUCUCCGGAUGGAGAACCAAAUGACAGAAUGAUUGGCAAGCUUUGUGAAUAUGCUUCAAGAAAUCCGGUGCGCAUACCAAAGAUCACAAAGUACUUGGAGCAGAGGUGUUACAAGGAAUUGCGAAAUGGGCAAUUUUCUUUGGCAAAAAUUGUGCCAUGUGUUUAUAGGAAAAUGAUAACUUCAUGUAAGGAGCAGAUGCCAUUGUAUGCUACAAGCCUGUUGAGCAUUGUGCGAACACUACUUGAUCAAACACGACAAGACGAUAUGCGUAUCCUUGGUUGCCUUGUGCUUGUUGACUUCCUUAACAAUCAGGUGGACAGCACAUACAUGUUCAAUGUAGAAGGCCUUAUGCCAAAACUUUGCCAACUUGCUCAAGAGGUAGGGGAAGAUGAUAGGGGACUCCAUGUGCGUUCAGCAGCACUGCAAGCUCUUGCUUCAAUGGUGCUUUUCAUGGGUGAAUACUCGCAUAUCUCAAUGAACUUUGAUGAUAUUGUCCUAGUGAUCUUGGAUAAUUAUGAGGUUCAUCAAAUGAGCUCAGGUAACAGUAAGCAAGAUUUUCAGUGUACUCAAGAUCAGAAUCAUUUGGAGGAAGUUGGCAGGGUAAAAGAUGAUGUUUCAUCCUUCCAGGACUCUUGGAAAAAGGUCCUCUCAGUACCUCAGAUCACAACCAUUGAAGUUGAUGCUACAGUGGACUUGUCAAGAAACCCUACAUACUGGUCCAAAGUUUGUUUACAGAAUAUGGCUAAACUUGCUAAAGAAGCGACUACUGUAAGGCGCGUUUUAGAGCCUCUUUUCCGUAAACUUGAUAGUGGGAAAUAUUGGUCUCCUGAGGAAGGAAUUGCGUGUUCUAUUUUAUCUGAAAUGCAGCUGCUAAUGGAGAGCGCAGGACAAAAUAGUGAUAUGCUGAUAUCUACUUUAAUCAAGCACUUAGAUCAUAAGAAUAUUGGCAAGCAGCUUAUCAUUCAGAUCAAUAUCAUUAAUGUUGCCAGACAUCUUAUGCAGCAGGCGAAGUUCCAAGCUUCACUUUCCAUUCUGACUUCUAUAAAUGACUUGAUAAGGCAUUUGCGCAAAUGCUUGCAAUAUUCAAUUGAAUCAUCAAAUAUGGGUGAUGAUGAUGGUGAAAAGUGGAACUCUGUCCUCCAUUUUGCCUUGGAAGAGUGUCUCAUACAAUUAGCAAAUAAGGUUGGGGAUACUGGACCUAUUAUUGAUAUAAUGGCUGUCCUUCUGGAAAAUAUUCCUACUACUGCUACUAUAGCCAGGGCAAUAAUUUCUUCCGUUUACCGCACUGUGCAGCUAGUAGCAUCAAUCCCUAACUUGUCAUAUCAAAAGAAGGCUUUUCCAGAAGCUUUAUUUCACCAGCUGCUCUUAGCAAUGACACACCCUGAUCAUGAAAUAAGAGUUGGCUCCCAUCGUGUCUUUUCUGCUAUACUUGUGCCCACAUCUGUUUGUCCUUGGUCAAUUCCAUUUAUUCCACCUGCUUUUAAUGGAUAUGAUCCAGAAGGAACACUUUUGGUAGCUCUCUCAGGUUUUGCUUCUUCAGGAGCCAUAAUGGAGAAGCUCACAUGCAAGAAUUCCUUCGAGAAUGUUUCUCUAGCUAAUACAAAGGAAUCAGAUGAUGCAAUGGGAAAUAGCAUGGAUGAGAGAUGGCAAAAGUUAAGCGGGAACUUAAAGCAAUAUUUAGUUCACCCUUCUCCAAAUGGCAAAAACCUUUAUUCAGUGACUAAUGGAAAAUUUGUCAGCAGAUCGGGAGAGGAAGAGCUGAUCCUUAUGCGACUGAGUAGCCACCAAGUGGGUCUUCUUCUCUCAACAGUAUGGGUCCAGGCAACAUCACCAGAGAAUUCACCUGCAAAUUAUGAGGCACUGGCACACACUUACAGUUUAGCUUUUUUAUUUUCUCAAGCCAAGAACUCUAGUCAUGUAGCCUUGGUCCGUUGUUUUCAGUUAGCAUUCUCUCUGAGGAGCGUCGCUUUAAAGCACAAAAACUAUUUGCAGCCUUCUCAUAGAAGAUCUUUGUAUACUUUGGCAUCAUCCAUGCUGAUAUUUUCAGCGAAAGCUAGCGAUCUUCCAGAAAUAAUUUCUUCUGUGAAAUUCAUGGAUGGGAUGGUUGAUCCUCACCUUAAUUUUUCUGAAGAUAGCACUCUGCACGCAACCUAUAAAGGAUCUUGCAGUUAUCUUUAUGGUUCUAAGGAAGAUGACAUUGCAGCAAUCGAGUUCCUUGAGAAAGUAGAAAGGGAUGAUAAGCAACUAAAAGAAUCUGUCAUUUCCCACCUAAUGAAGAAAUAUGAGAAGCUGCCUGAGGAAAAACUAAUAUCUGUAAGAGAGCAGCUCUUGCAUGAAUUUUCACCAGAUGAUGCCCUUCCACUUGGUCCACCAUCAUUCAUGGAGACACCUUACCCAUGUUCACUUCUCGCACAAAAGGGAUGUGAUGAGGUCAUGACCCCUACUUUUUUGGAGGAUGGAGAAACCUUUCCAGAAGCAUUCAGAAGUCAUUCGGAUAAGAAAAUGUCCGAGUCUGUGAAUAAUUUUGAUGUCUUAAGUGUUAAUCAAUUGAUCGAAUCGGUUAUUGAGACAGCACGGCAAGUUGCUAGUUUACCAACUUCAACAAUCCCAGUACCAUAUGACCAGAUGAAAAGCCAAUGUGAAGCCCUUGUGAUUGGGAAACAGCAGAAGAUGUCUGUGCUUCAAAAUUUGAAACAUCAGCAAGAAGACUGGAUAGUUUUGCCAGAAGAGAACAUUGUUGAUUUGGUGGAUAUGCAGAAGAUACUACAUUAUCCGGAAGAAGGGCUAGAAUCAGUUGAAAAGGAGCUCAUAAAAAGUAGCAAUUCAGUGUUGGGUGAAUCUGAGCAGUCCUUCAGGCUGCCGUCUUCAAGCCCAUUUGACAAAUUCUUGAAAGCUGCUGGCUGUUGAGUAGAUAUUGAAAUGGUUCGUGAUCAAUCUGAUGUGUCAUCGCAUCAAAGGUUGUUGAAUCUACUUUUCUUUUUUUCUGUCAACUUCUACUUUUUUUUACAUGUGUUUGCAACUGUAAAGAAGAGGUGCAAGGUGUAUUCGUGUUCUUUGUCCAGAUAAAUAAUCAUUCUUAAAAGCUACAAACAACAUAUCUGCA